AUGCUUCCCGCACUCGCCUUUGGCCAUAGGACCCCUUACACUACACAGCGAAGAAACGAACCGGCCAGUAUGGGUAACAAGACUGAUAUCACGCUUUACACUGCGUCAACCCCAAAUGGGAUCAAGGUUCCGAUACUCCUUGAGGAGCUUGGCCUGGAGUAUAAGAAACAGCCGUGGUUCCUGGACAUUAACCCCAAUGGCCGGAUCCCGGCCAUGACGGAUAUAUGGACCGACGGGGAGCAGAUCCGUGUCUUUGAAAGCGGUGCCAUCCUUGAGUACCUUGUUGACCGCUACGACGGUGGCUACAAGGUCUCAUAUCCAAAGGACUCCCGUGAAUAUUGGGAGGUAAAGAGCUGGCUCAUGUGGCAGAUAGGUGGCUUAGGGCCUAUGCAAGGACAGUUGGAGCAUUUUAAGAAGUACGCAGCGAAGAAGAUUGAGUACAGUAUCAACCGUUAUCACGACGAGACCCGUCGCCUCUAUCGCACCAUGGAAUCCCACCUGGCCAAGUCUUCUUAUGGGUUCCUCGUCGGUGACCGCCUGACUAUUGCCGAUAUAGCUUGCUUGGGGUGGGUUUCCUCUCACACUUCGGAUGGCAUCUCUCUGGACGAGCUUCCUCACCUGGAAAAAUGGCUGGACAAGCUCUUGGAACGCCCAGGCGUCAAAAAGGGCCGUGACACGCUGAAGCGCAACACGAUGUUUGACUAG